AUGGCAAGUCAUCAAAGCCAUGGUGUUCAACAACUACUGGCAGCCGAAAAGCGAGCUGCUGAUAAAGUCACAGAGGCCAGAAAACGCAAAGCGAGGAGACUAAAGCAGGCCAAGGAAGAGGCCCAAGAUGAGAUCGAGAAGUACCGUAAAGAAAGGGAACGCCAAUUCCGCGAAUUCGAGGCCAAGCAUAUGGGCUCCAAAGAGGAUGUAGCCUCGAAGAUCGAACAGGACACCAAGAGGAGAAUCGAGGAUAUGAACAAGGCUAUCCAAAGUCAGAAGGAACCCGUGAUCCAAAGCAUCUUGGGAUUGGUGUACGACAUCAAGCCGGAAAUCCACAAGAAUUUCCGCCAGUAA